AUGGACGCGACAGUGUGGUCGGCAUCCACUGUUGAAGGCCGUGUGAGCCAGGCAUAUGCUGAGUAUGUGGCUGCAUGCAAGAGGAAUAAUGAGUCGGUCGUGCUAAUCCGGUGGCUUGCUAGUGUCACCAACAAGGUCGCUGCAGAGACAAAGACGCAGCACGAUCGGAUGCGGGCGGCAGUCUUCCUGUCUAUGGCAUGCUUGAGAAAGAACUUCAGUUCUUGUGGCCUGAUCCCAGAUGAGGAGUCGCUCCGGAAAGCUGCAUAUCACUGCGGGCUCUACUUCAAUGCGUUGUAUUGGCUGGCGGGCGAGGCUAUCCAGAAGAAACAACUCUUAUGGAAAUUUCGCCCAAAAUGUCAUCUGCUGGAGCACCUUUGUCUCGACCAUGCAAAGCUGCUCAACCCAAUGCAAACAUCGAACUACUCGGAAGAGGACAUGGUCGGCCGUAUCAAACGGCUGGCCGUCACAUGUCACCCUGCGCAGCUGGGCAAAACCUGUCUUCAGCGGUAUGCCUGGCAUGCCUGUGCGACGAUGGCUCAAGCCUUGGAUUUGCGAAUCGUUUCUCACUGGAAUCUCGAAACUCUCGCACCAGACGUCCGCGACUUGAUGAUCAACAUGGAGGUGUCGACGUUUGAGGCGCUGAGGAUGAUGUAUGCGAGCGCGGAGGCUGUACAGAAGAUGCGAGCCGAUCUUGGCCGAGCCCUUGAGCUGCAUGAGUGGUGGCAGGGUGGAUGGAUGGGAGCUUGCGAGUGGCUGCUGGAGAGGAGGGACAUCUGGGAGGGGUGGAUCUCUCUCAAGUCCAAGUGCUACGCUGGGCAGGGGAUGCAGGAGGAUGGGGUCUGGCUGACGAAACGGUCGCUGAAUGCGACUGUGACCUGCAGCUUGUGCCCAGCUGGGCGCUACUCGGCACUCCUGGAGGACGACCUUGGCGCCACGGCCGUGUGCCGCCCUUGCCGCCGGGGCACCAGCCAGAAGAAUGCCGGGUCCGUGAGCUGCGACGCCUGCGAGGAUGGCCACAAAGCGGACCAGGAGGAAGCGACUCACUGUCAGAAGUGCCCGCAAGGCCAGUAUCAGCCCGAGUUCGGCGCCACAAAAUGCCGAAGCUGUCAGGGAGGCAAGACCACCGCAGUGUUGGGUGCAAGCAGUGAGGGCGACUGCAUUUGCAGGACCGGCAGGUAUUUGUGGAAUGGCACGGAGUGCUUGUCUUGCCCGGAGGGCAUGGAUUGUCCUGGGGGCAGCGCCUUCCCGAUGCAGCUGUCGGGAUUCUGGGUGGAGCAUUCUUACGUCGAGGGCCUCAGCUACUUUUCGGUGUUCUCUUGCCGCGACGCCUCGCGAUGUCCAGCCGGUGAGCCUGGACAGUGUAAUGUUGGGCGCACGGGGCGCGCCUGUGCCGAUUGCUUUCGUGGCUAUGCCUCCGACGUGGACGGCUCCUGCAAGCCCUGCGAUGCUUUGUCUCUGUGGCCCUUCCUCCUGCUUCCGAUUGUGAUGCUGGGCUUGCUGCCGCUGCUAGUGGCAGCCAGCAUUCUCAUGAGCCGAGCGCGGCGGGUGGCCGUCAGCAUCUUUAUCGUUUGUGUGAUCUUCGGGCAGCUGGUGGUGUGCCUGCAGUCCCUCGAGGCCAUCUAUCAAUUCGAGAUCUCCUGGAUCGACCCCGCAAAGGCCGUUUUGUCCUCGCUGGCCAUCUUCAGUUUGGACAUCGAGUUCUCCUGCAUCUUGGACCCGCAAAGCCACGUCGUGGAGUACGGCUCGCAGCUCUUGGCCUACCCGGUGGUGCUGCUCGGGACCGUCGGCUUCUGGCUACUCGCCAGGUGGGUCAAGCGGCCGAUCAGUUUCAACUCCUUCCUAAACCUACACGGCGUGCUGCUGGUGGCACUGCUGACGGCCAUGUCCCUCACCGUGAUGCGGCCCUUCCAGUGCCGGCCAAACCCCAACGGCCUGCAUACGAUGUCCACGCGCACGGACGUCAUCUGCUGGAGCCCGGAGCAUGGGCCUUUGGUGGUGCUGGCCUCUUUGGGCAUCCUCGCCUACCCCGUGGCUAUCCUCUCCACCAUCGCCUUCCUGACGUGGAAGUAUCCUACUUGGCUUCGGUCGGGCGGAGGCCUGGAGGUGCUGGAGAAGUACAAGUUCCUCUUCGGCCGCUUCCGACCCGAGCGCUACUACUACGCUCUGCUGCUUUCCGCGCACAACAUGGUGGUGGCCUUGAUCCCCGCAGCUUUGGUGGCGGCACCCGCGCUGCAGGUGGGCAUCAUGGGUAUCGUCAUCUGCAUGAAGCUCACUGCGCAAAGCUUGCUUUGGCCGUGGCGCAUCGACGUGGCCAACUACAACGACCUGGUCCUCUCCACUGCACUGCUGAUCCUGUUGCUCCUGGCAUCUCCACUGCUGCGCCUGAACCAGACGGACACCAGCUUCCUCGUAGCGGUGCUGCUCGCUUGCGUGCUCUGCAUCUUGCCUUUGGCGGCGCUCUUCACAGCCGGCCUGGCCGUCACCGUGCGUUUGCGACCCCAGAGCAAGUACGAUGCCUUCCUCUGCCACCACAAGGCAGGUGCCGGGGCCCUGUGCCGCUUCUUCAAGCUCAUCGUGCACAAGUACGGCCGCAUGAACAUCUUCCUGGACUCCGACGAGCUUGACGACCUCGCCCGCAUCUUCGAGAUCGUCAGUUCCGACACCCGCUGUGUCGUGGCCGUGCUCACGCCCGAGCUGCUGCAGCGCAUGUGGUGUGCAGGGGAGAUGACGAGUGCCCGGAAGUACGGCAUCCCCAUCAUCCCACUCUACUGCGACGGCUUCGCCUUCCCGGACGAAGACUGCAUCAACAAGAUCGAGUCCGUGUGGACCGAGGAGCAACAAUACACCUUGACGAGCCACGGCAUCGCCAUGGAGGACAUCAAGGCCACCUACCGGCACAUCAGCACGCUGGAGGGCUACGCCCUGAGCCGUCACAGCAGCCUGGAGGAGCAGGAACGCCUGGUGCUGGACGUGGCAGCCGCCGUGCUGCGAGGCACUCGGCGGGCGGACGUGGCGCCGCAGGGCUCCGUGAGCAGCGCGCGCAUCCUGCUCUGCUCCACCGAGCGGGAGCCAGAGGCCAUCUCCACCGUGCUGAUCCUGCAGCAGAUGGUGCAGCAGCAGCUCCGCAUCGCCACCUUUCGCGUUCGGAGUUUGAAGGACAUCGCGGCGGCCAGCAGCGCCUCCUUCGCGCUGGUCUUGUUGAGCCAGGGGGUCCUCGAGGAUCCUGACUUCGCGCUCCAGAUCGGGCAGAUGCGAGCACAGGGCCUGAGCUUUGUCCCCGUGAAUGACGGCACCUUCCAGUUCCCGCCAUCGGACUUCUACAUGCAGGUGGAGGAGGGCGGCGUGGCCGGGCUCGGGCCAAAUGCCGGGCGCAGCUUGGCAAAGGCCUACCAGGCGCUGCUGGGCAUCCUCGCGCUGCCCCUGACGCCCCACGCCUCCAGCGGAAUCCUCGAGAGGCGCGGUGCACAGCUUUUCCGCUUGACAUGA